CUUGGGAUGCUCCCGCCUCAGCCUCCCAGAGGGCUGGGCUCACAGGCGUCCCCUGCGGGAGACUGCGGUUCCCGCCCCCUGCGGGCUGGGGUCCUCCUCCCCUCGGCCAGCCCAGCUCCUCCUCCGGGUCAGGAGUUCGCAGCGAGCCGCGCGCACCGCAGGUGCCCGCGCAGGGAUCGGGAUUUGGAUUCGGAUCAGGAUCUGGAUUGGGAUCGGAAUCGGCCCCUUCUCUGCCCGACCCGGCGGACCCGUAUCAGGAGUCCCGGGCUCAGGUUUACUAAAAUCUGGUGCAUGUCUCUGAAGAAAAAUGAUUUGUCAGACAUUCUGUGUGGCUUUGUUAUACUGUGAAUUUCUUUAUGCAAUGGCCGCAUUCAACCUGGCGUAUCCGAUCACUCCCUGGAGAUUUAAAUUAUCUUGCCUGCCAGAUAAAAUGGAUGAUUCCUCCCUCUUGCCCACUGGAAUCUCAAACAACGAUUCAGGUCUGAGUGGCGAGAAUGAAGCAGCACUUGAAGCCAGAUUUAACUCAAGCGGCACUGACAUUGCUGACUUAUCCCAGGCAACCUUCCACUGUUGCUUUUGGAGUGAGCAAGAUAAAAACUGUACCGUGCGUGUGGACCGCCCUGAAGGGGAGGCCCUUGUGUCCACAGCGGAUUUUUCUGCUUUCCAGCAGCCAGGUGCAAACUGGAACGUGCAGUGCUGGGUGACAGGGGACUUGAAAUUACUCAUCUGUGCUGUGGAGCCCUCCCGUCAGAAUCCUUGCAAGAAUUAUGACCUUCAUCUUUUCUAUGCCCUCUUGGAAGUGGCAGGAGGCUCGCGCCUGGCUCCCCAGAAGGGUAGCUUUGAGAUUGUCCAGUGCAACUGCAGCUCUGAGGACCGCUGGGAGUGUCGCGUGCCGGUACCGGCAGCCAAGCUCCAUGACUCCUUCCUGAUGUACUUGAAAAUCACAGCUGCUUGGGCAACUUUUUGGUCGCCUCUGAUGUCAGUUCAGCCCAUCAGUGUUGUCAAGCCGGAGCCACCGCUGGAUUUGCAUAUGGAAAUCACAGAGGACGGUCAUUUAAAUAUUUCUUGGAACAGCCCGGUGCUGGCACCAUUUCCACUUCAGUAUCAAGUGAGAUAUUCCGAGAAUUCCACAACAGUCCUUAGAGAAGUGGACGAGAUGGUCUUGGCCCCGGCUCUGCUGGUGGACAGCGUGCUGCCUGGCUGCUCCUAUGAAGCUCAGGUGAGAGGCAGGAGACUGGACGGCUCGGGGGUCUGGAGCGACUGGAGCACCCCUGGAGUCUUCACCACCCAAGAUGUCAUUUACUUUCCACCCAAGAUCCUAACGAGCGCAGGGUCUAAUGUUUCCUUUCACUGCAUCUAUAAAAAUGAAAACAAGAUUGUUUCUUCGGAAGAGAUUGUUUGGUGGGUGAACCUAGCGGAGGAAGUUCCUCCGAGCCAGUAUGAUGCUGUGAGCGAUCAUGUUAGCAAAGUGACCUUUUCCAACCUGAAAGCCACUGAGCCCCGGGAUGAGUUCAACUACGACGCUGUGUACUGUUGCCAGGAACACCAGUGCCACCAUCGCUAUGCCGAGUUGUACGUGAUUGAUGUCAAUAUCAAUAUAUCAUGUGAAACUGAUGGGUACUUAACUAAAAUGACUUGCAGAUGGUCUGCGAACCCAAUGCAAUCACUUGUGGGAAGCUCUUGGAAGUUGAGAUAUUACAGGAGAAGCCUGUAUUGCUCUGAGCGUCCAUCCAUUCACCCCGUAUCGGAACCCAAAGAUUGCCAUUUGCAGGACGAUGGCUUUUAUGAGUGCAUUUUCCAGCCAAUAUUUCUGUUUUCUGGCUACACAAUGUGGAUUCGGAUCAAUCACACUUUGGGGUCCCUGGACUCUCCACCAACGUGUGUCACCCCUGACGCUGUCGUGAAACCGCUGCCACCAUCCAAAGUGAAAGCAGAAAUCACUGGAAAUGUUGGAUUAUUGAAAGUAUCUUGGGAAACCCCAUCCUUUUCAGAGAACCAGCUUCAGUUCCAGAUUCGCUACGGCUUGAGUGGGCAGGAAAUCCCAUGGAAGACGCACGAGGUGGAUGACGCCAUGAUCAUGUCCACCAGUGUCCCCGUACGAGACCUAUGCGCGGCCUAUGCUGUGCAGGUACGCUGCAGGCGGCUGGACGGACUGGGGUUCUGGAGCGACUGGAGCAGCACUGCCUACACGGCCGUCAUGGAUGUGAAAGUUCCUGCCAGAGGACCUGAAGUGUGGAGACGCAUGGACGGCGACAUUACCAAGAGAGAGAGGAAUGUUACCUUGCUCUGGAGGCCCCUGAUGAAAAUCGACUCUUUGUGCAGUGUGCGGAGCUAUGUGGUGCAGCAUCAGACCCCCCACAACGGCACGUGGGUGGAGGACAUGGGGAACCAGACCCACCUCACUUUCCUGUGGACGGAGCAGGCCCACACUGUCACCGUCCUGGCCGUCAAUUCCAUUGGGGCUUCCCUUGCGAAUUUUAACCUCACGUUCUCGUGGGCGAUGAGCGAAGUGAGCAUCGUGCAGUCCCUCGGUGCUUACCCUCUGAACAGCAGUUGUGUGGUUCUUUCCUGGACUCUAUCGCCCAGUGAUUACAGUCUGAUGUACUUUAUUAUUGAAUGGAAGAAUCUCGAUGAAGAUGAUGAAAUUAAAUGGCUUAGAAUCCCUUCAAACGUUAAGAAGUAUUAUAUCCGCGAUUAUUUUAUCCCCAUUGAAAAGUAUCAGUUCAGUCUGUACCCAGUAUUGUUGGAAGGAGUGGGGAAGCCAAAGAUACUAAAUGGCUUCACCAAAGUUGAUGAAAAGCACCAGAAUGAUGCAGGUCUCUACAUAAUUGUGCCGAUUAUUAUUCCCUCUUCUGUCUUAAUGCUGGGCGCACUGUUAAUAGCACACCAAAGAAUGAAAAAGCUGUUUUGGGAAGAUGUUCCAAACCCCAAGAAUUGUUCAUGGGCGCAAGGACUUAACUUUCAGAAGCCCGAAACAUUUGAGCAUCUUUUUACCAAGCACACAGGAUCAGUGACCUUUGGUCCUCUUCUUUUGGAGCCCGAGACCAUUUCUGAAGACAUCAGUGUUGAUACCGCAUGGAAAACUCAAGAAGAUGUGGAGCCAGCAACUUGGGUCUCCUUCCUUGCAACGGCACCUGACCCUGAAAAGGGGUCCACCUGCACGAGUGACCAGUGUGACAGCUCUGCCUUCUCUGCCAGGCGGGGCACCACUGUGAGCUGGGAGGAGGAGAGCCCCACACAGCCCUCCGUGAAGUACGCCAUGCUGGUCAGCACCUCGAAGUCAAGUGAAACGGAGGAGGAGCCAGGGCUUCUACCUGGAUCCAUGGGCAUGGGCUGCCCUGGCAGGAGUUCUCCAGGGAGAGACUCUCUCUCUGCUGGCUCCUGGGAGAUAGAAACAGAGGCAACUUUUAUCAUAUCAGAUCAACAGCCUGACAUGACUUCAGCACACCUUUCAUUCUCCGAAGGACUGGACGAACUUUUGGAGCUGGAGGGAAAUUUCCCUGUAGAAAGCCAGAGUGAGAAGUCUGUCUAUUAUUUAGGGGUCACCUCCGUCAAAGAGAGAGAGGGUGGUGUGUUUCUGACGGAGGAGUCGGGGGUGCUGAGUCCAUUUCCACCCCACUGUCUAUUUGCUGAUAUCAGGAUCCUCCAGGACAGUUGCUCACACUUGGUGGAAAGUAAUUUCAACUUUGGAACUUCUGGUAAGAAGACCUUUGUGUCUUACAUGCCCCAAUUUCAAACCUGUUCUACUCAGACUCAGAAGAUAAUGGAAAACAAGAUGCGUGACCUGACCGUGUGAGAUCAUUCCAGAAACCUUCGGGUUUGUGUUCUGAUGGCCACAGGAAGUGUCAUGGAUUCUUUUACAGCCGGGUACAGGAGAGAGAAAAAACUGUCAUGGUGGAGUGUGAAAAUGAUUGUGUCAAAAUUAUGGAUGUCUGUCUGUCAUUAAUCAAGAGGAGAGACCAAUCAAAGAAAUGUGAGAAAGCCUUCAGGAGCCGAGGUGGGUCUAUGGACUGCUCCAAGGAGUCUAUUCAUACACGACCGUGGGAAAGCCUGUUUCUAGCCAGAAAUAUUCCCGCUUCUCAGCGAAUACCUCCUUUGGAGCCUUAGACCUCUGAAGAAAGAACUAACCUCUAUUUCAGCAACAUCUUUAAGAGAGGGUUUCAAAUCAACACCUGUGAGAUAAAAUUGUUAUUUCAAGGGUGCAUUUCCCCUUGGGUUGUCUUUGUUUUGCACUAAUUCACACACCUACAAGUUUAUACUUCAUCCAGGUAACCUAGAACAUUCUGGAAGCGUGUGAUGUGUUUGUAUUUUUGUAACCAGAACAUUACAAAGCAGCACGAAAUAGGUGUUCCAUCAAAUGCUGGAUAUAGAGCUGUGAAUCCCGGCCCGAGGUUGUCCUGGUGCAGACAGACAAGCCAGCGAGCAGUCGCGUGCCAAAUCUGAGUCGCUCAGCACAGGAGAUUGCACGUUAGUGCGGUGUCACCCACUGCCAGGAUCCGGAGGAAGAGGAAACGCACCAGUCUUAAUUCUGCUCUGCAGGACACUGACAGGGCCACUGUGUGAUCUCCUUGCAUUGCCAGGCGUCACCGUGUCUGAGCCUGUGUGACUCACCAUUGUCAGCCAUGUUCUCCACCUGCACAUAAACUUUCAUCACUUCCUGAGCAUUCUUGUUUUAUAGGAAGCAGCCACUGUGCUAAUACUGUAACUCAGUUACUGCAAUAAUCCUACGAGACAUUUGUUAUUGUUAGACUCCUUUUAAAGAUUAGGAGAUUAGAUAAUCUGUCCCGGGUCACAGAGUUAGUGGGGUGAUAAAACCCUCUGCUGUUAAAUAGUGGAUUGUUAUAAAAAUUUAGGGAAAAUUUAGACUGUCUUAUACUUCAGGAUGGUUAGAUACUUACCUUUUCUUCCCAGGUAUUCUAUGAAAAUAAUUUAGGGGGCAAAGAGGUAAAUGCAGGCUUUGGUCUUUUAAACUUAUGAUAAAUCUGAAACUUAUCUUUUUAAUUUAAAGACCUUUAAUGACAGCAUAAGCUUCUAAUCUGUCUCUUUAAAUCUGAACUUUAUGAAAAGAAAUGCAGGUAUUCAUCAUUCGAGUUAUAGCUUCAAGUGCAAACAGAUUGUUAGAAGCUAAGUUAUGGGUCAGGAUUUGUGGAAUUUUGUUUCUCAGCUUGAAAUCCUAAAGUUCAAAGAUUAAAAAAAAAAAAAGGAAAAGCAAACCCACAAGACCCUGAGGCAUGCUUUCCAAAGAGUAGGGGCUACUGUAGGAAUCUGUGCCUUGUUUGAGGUGAGUUCCAGGUUGGCAGGAGGGCUAGGGACAGAGACCUUUUCUUUGUAAACCUAAUCUUCAAAUAAUAGAAGGGCCUGAAUGGGUCUCUCCAGCCGCAGGAGAGCCUAGACUUGGAAUAAGGGUUUCUAGCCCCAGUCAUUACAUUCUUUUUCCAAAAAACCCGGUUUCCUUUCCAAGUAUCAAACACAUGGCCACAUUGCUUCAGGAAUACUGACCCUAACUGCCCAGAAGGCCAAGUGAGAUUCCUCCUGGGGAAUCCUGGCUGGCCUGUCCAGGACCCACGCCAAGCAGGAGACAUCACAGACCCCAGGUUCAUUGGAGAAGAAGAAUCUGGGAGAGAAACUUUUCCCACAUUCUAUCUUGCAAGGGUCAGCUUGAGGUCACUUUCAUGGACUCUUGUGAAACAUUCGUUAUUGAGGAUACUGAUUCUCAGAUUUUAAAAUAUAAAAUUAAAAUUGUCCAUGCUAUGUUGGUCAAGGUAAGUUACAUUUGGAAAAACAAAAAAGACAAAUGUGGUUAGGAAAACCAGGAAGAGCUGUUUAUAAGAGAGAACUAGGGCAGUCGGUGAUUUCGCUUCCUGAACAACGCGUUUAAAACAGUAGAGCACCUCUGUUCCUAUCCACCAUGUGCAGGGAACAGCUUAAAAUACAAAGUUGUAGGUUAGAACCGAGGUCUGUUCCAUGCAUGGUGAGCGUCAAAAUGUGAAUCCCUUAGGGUUUUAUAUUGAAUGUGUUAUUUUUAUACGAAGUUUAUCAAAAUUUAUUUUAGAAAGCUUCUGAAAAAUGUCUAUUUUUCAAAAUUAAUUGUGCUUAAGAUGAAAGGCAUUACAUUUAAUUUUAUGAGGACCUCUGACAGAUUAGUUUUCAAUAACAUGUUUAUUCAAAAAAUGUGGAGAAUGCAUUUGGAAGCUAUUUAAUUUUGUAGUGACAGACAUCUAUUGUAGAUGACAUAUUUUUGAAACCUGUUUUUGAGUGUUUGGCAAACUGAACUUUCUGUUUAGUCACUGUGAGUAUGGUAAUAAAUGUUAUUUAAGUGUCAAAAUAUGCAUCACUAAUUGUUCUAUAAAGUUAUCCUCUUUCUCCUUUAUGUACCCAGGUUCAUAAAGUUUGUAUGACCAUAUAUUUUCACCUUUCAUCAUUAUGAGGCAUAAGCAAUGUUAUUA